AUGGCCGGCAGGACGGUGCUAUUGAAUUGGGCGGCCCUGAUGUCCGGGUCGAUGGCUCUGUUGGUGGCCGUCUCGGCAAUUGAGCCAAAGCUGACCCAGGCGGCUCGGCAUCGUCAUGCCAGUUCUCAACCAAUCUUGUGGUCGGUGCUUUUUCACGUUGCAUACGUGCUCAUCAAGUUUGCCAACUCGCCCCGGCCGGACCUGUGGGUUCUGGAGCGCUCCGUUGACUUUGGGAAAACAUACCAGCCAUGGAAGUUCUUCGCCUCCUCUAAGAGAGACUGUAUUGAGCGGUUUGGGAAGAGGACGAUCGAGCGGAUCAACCAUGAUGACGAUAUCAUCUGCACAACAGAGUACUCGCGGAUUGUCCCUUUGGAGAAUGGAGAGAUUGUGGUGUCUCUGGUGAACGGACGACCGGGCGCCAUGAACUUCUCCUACUCUCCUGUUCUGAGGGAGUUCACCAAAGCCACCAACAUCCGCCUGCGCUUCCUCCGCACCAACACACUGCUGGGUCACCUGAUGGGCAAAGCCCUGAGAGACCCCACAGUCACUCGAAGAUAUUACUACAGUAUUAAAGACAUCAGUAUUGGAGGAAGGUGCGUGUGUAAUGGCCACGCCGAGGCCUGUAAUGCUCAAGACCCCAAUGACCCGUACAAGCUUCUGUGUGACUGCCAGCACAACACUUGCGGCCCGUCAUGUGAUCGCUGUUGCCCCGGCUUCAACCAGUUUCCAUGGAAACCAGCCACGACUUACAGUGCCAAUGAAUGUGAACCAUGUAACUGCCACAGACACUCAUCAGAGUGCUACUAUGAUCCAAAAAUCGAGCAGCGGAGAGCCAGUCUCAACAUGCAGGGAGAAUACAGCGGCGGUGGAGUGUGUAUCGAAUGCCAGCACCACACAACAGGCAUCAACUGUGAGCACUGCAUUCCUGGCUACUACAGAUCACCUGACCAUCCACUGGAGUCCCCAGACGCCUGUUCAAAGUGUCAGUGUGAGUCUGAGUUUACUGACGGCACAUGUGAGGACCUGACCGGACACUGCUACUGUAAACCCAACUACACCGGCGAGAACUGUGACGCAUGUGCUGAGGGAUACGAACGCUUCCCUGAAUGCUACCAGGUUUACAUCAGCGGAGAGGUCAAACCUGCAGGCGAAAUCAUCAACUGUGAGUGCAGUGCUGCAGGCACAGAAGGGAACUCCUGUAGGACAGACCCUCGCACCAAUACAUGUGUGUGUAAACCUCAAUUCACUGGAGAGUACUGCGACACCUGUGCUUAUGGACACUUCGGCCUCAACUGCCAACGCUGUCAGUGUUCAGGCCAGGGAUGCCUGGAUGGGUCCUGUGACGCGGUAACGGGGCAGUGUGUUUGUCGGAGCGGGUUUCAGGGGUAUUCAUGCGAGCAGUGUGCGCCCGGCUACUUCAACUACCCACUGUGCCAAUAUUGUGGUUGCAGUCGUGUGGGCUCUAUGCCUGAGAUGUGUGACGUGGCCGGUCAGUGUUUAUGCCGGCCGGAGUUCACUGGUCCUCGCUGUGAGCAGUGUCGCUCAGGGUUUCACUCAUAUCCAAACUGCCAGGAUUGCACUUGUGACCCUCGCACAUCUUUGGACUCCAGCUGUAGUGUGUCUGGUCAGUGUAUUUGCAGACCCAACUACAGUGGCCCCAAAUGUGACCAGUGUGCACCCGGAUCCUUCUCUUAUCCCAGCUGCACACCAUGUCGCUGUUCAGUGGAAGGCUCUCGCUUCAGUUCAUGUGAUCCAGUGUCUGGUCAGUGUGUGUGUCUGCCAAACAUUGAGGGUCAGAGGUGUGAUAGCUGCAUGCCUGGGUCAUAUGGCUUCCCCCUCUGCCAAGUUGGGACGUGUAACCCAGCAGGCUCUGUUCAUAACGAUAUCCUGCCCGCUGUGGGCUCCUGCGAGUGUCGGCCGAAUGUAGAAGGGGUGGCGUGCGAUCGCUGUAAGCCUCUCUUCUGGAAUCUUUCUCCCGAUACAGACUAUGGAUGCUCAACCUGUGACUGUAAUACAGUAGGAACAAUGAGCGAGGUUGCAGAGUGCACUCAGAGCACCGGCCAGUGCUAUUGUAAACCCAAUGUGUGCAGUGGCACAUGUAGCGGGUGCAAGGAUGGGUACUUCAACCUUCAGAAGAACAACUACUUUGGGUGCCAAGGCUGCCAGUGUGACAUUGGAGGCUCCGUUAGGCAGGCAUGUGAUGAGAGACACGGGCGGUGUCAAUGCAGACCCAAUGUGGAGGGACCCAAAUGCAAGCAGCCACGGCCGGAUCAUUACUUCCCAGACCUGCACCAUAUGAAGUUUGAGGUGGAGGACGGAACCACAAUGGAUGGACGUCCGGUGAGGUUUGGUUACAAUCCUCUGGAGUUUGAAAGCUUCAGCUGGAGGGGGUACGCCCAGAUGUCCCUCAUACAGCCUCGGGUUCUGGUUGAGGUGGUGGUUGGCUCUCCUGACCUGUUUCAUGUGGUCUUGCACUAUGUGAACCGCGGGGCCGUGGAAGUGAGGGGGCGGGUCUCUGUGAUCGAGGAUGGCAGACACUUCCUGUGUGGAAAUUGCUCUGAGCAGUCGAAACAGAUCGUCUUUGCACCCAGUUCAGAACCCACGUUUGUGAACGUGCCUCAGAACAGUUUUGUGGAGCCAUUCGUCUUGAACCCGGGAACCUGGACUGUGAUCAUUGAGGCGGAGGGCAUUCUGCUGGACUACCUGGUGCUUUUGCCCAGUGCCUAUUAUGAGGCUCCUAUCCUGCAACUUCAAGUGACUGAACCCUGUUCAUACAGAAACACACAGAGCGCAAGCCAGAACUGUCUGCAGUACAUGUAUCUGUCUCUGGAUGAGUUCCCGUCCAUCUCCAGUAAUGAUGCCAGCUGCAGGUUUGAUAAUCACCUGCCUAGACCCUGUCAAACUGAAAAGAUCACACCUCGCCAUCCCAGCAUGGCCAUCUGCAGUGGCAAUGAUAUGAACGUUCAGCUGCGUGGUCGCGUUCCCGUCCCUGGAGAGUACGUGUUGGUGGUCGAGUACGCCAGUGAAGAUCAAGCCCCUCAAACACUCACUGUGUCUGUCAGCUCACCGGGUGAUCCCACUCACCAAGAGCAAAUCACACUGCUCCACUGCAGAUACAGUUUCCUGUGCCGUGCAGUGUCUGUAGAUGACAUGAAGCGCGUGGCGGUCUUCACUCUGUCCGCAGAGGCUGAUAUCCAGCUUGCCGCCACCGAUAGAAGAAGCAGUUUCUUCCUUCACAAAGUGUUCCUCGUCCCUCGUGCUCAGUUCACCAUGGAGUACUUGAAGCCCAAAGUUCACUGCAUCAGCACACACGGUCUCUUCUCUCCGGACAGCGGCUCCUGCAUCCCGUCUCGUUUCCAGAAUCCUCCUCAGUCUCUGGUCCUAAAAGAGGGUCAGGCUUCUUCUGCGCCGGAGCAAGUUCUGGCUUCAGCCCCCGAUUCCUCCCUUUAUGCAGACAGACCCAUGACCUCUAGGCCGCCAACCGCAGCUGAUAACAGUGAACACGUGCUUCUGGACCCUAAUCAGAACGCUGUGGUGUAUUCAACACGUGUACAUGCACUGGGCCGUUACGUGUUCAUCCUGCAUUACCAUCAGCCCUUGCACCCAACUUACAAUGUCCAGGUCUACAUCAACGGAGGACGCAUAUGGCAGGGCCACGUCAACGCAUCCUUUUGUCCCCAUGGUUAUGGUUGCCGUAGUGUUGUUAUGUCUGAGAACCAGAUUAUCCUGGAUGUGACGGACCACGAGGUCAUCCUGACCCUGCGUGUUCCAGACAGGAAGACACUGUGGCUGGACUAUGUGCUAGUGGUGCCAGAGAGCACUUACAGCUCCAGCUUUUUGUUUGAGGAGCCUCUGGACAAAUCCUAUGACUUCAUCAGCAACUGUGGACAAAACAGCUUUUACAUCAAGUAUGACAUUUCUGAAUUUGGAAAUAUGUUUGGAUGCACCGAUAUAAAACCUCGGGUUCUGGUUGAGGUGGUGGUUGGCUCUCCUGACCUGUUUCAUGUGGUCUUGCACUAUGUGAACCGCGGGGCCGUGGAAGUGAGGGGGCGGGUCUCUGUGAUCGAGGAUGGCAGACACUUCCUGUGUGGAAAUUGCUCUGAGCAGUCGAAACAGAUCGUCUUUGCACCCAGUUCAGAACCCACGUUUGUGAACGUGCCUCAGAACAGUUUUGUGGAGCCAUUCGUCUUGAACCCGGGAACCUGGACUGUGAUCAUUGAGGCGGAGGGCAUUCUGCUGGACUACCUGGUGCUUUUGCCCAGUGCCUAUUAUGAGGCUCCUAUCCUGCAACUUCAAGUGACUGAACCCUGUUCAUACAGAAACACACAGAGCGCAAGCCAGAACUGUCUGCAGUACAUGUAUCUGUCUCUGGAUGAGUUCCCGUCCAUCUCCAGUAAUGAUGCCAGCUGCAGGUUUGAUAAUCACCUGCCUAGACCCUGUCAAACUGAAAAGAUCACACCUCGCCAUCCCAGCAUGGCCAUCUGCAGUGGCAAUGAUAUGAACGUUCAGCUGCGUGGUCGCGUUCCCGUCCCUGGAGAGUACGUGUUGGUGGUCGAGUACGCCAGUGAAGAUCAAGCCCCUCAAACACUCACUGUGUCUGUCAGCUCACCGGGUGAUCCCACUCACCAAGAGCAAAUCACACUGCUCCACUGCAGAUACAGUUUCCUGUGCCGUGCAGUGUCUGUAGAUGACAUGAAGCGUGUGGCGGUCUUCACUCUGUCCGCAGAGGCUGAUAUCCAGCUUGCCGCCACCGAUAGAAGAAGCAGUUUCUUCCUUCACAAAGUGUUCCUCGUCCCUCGUGCUCAGUUCACCAUGGAGUACUUGAAGCCCAAAGUUCACUGCAUCAGCACACACGGUCAAUUCUCUCCCGACAGCGGCUCCUGCAUCCCGUCUCGUUUCCAGAAUCCUCCUCAGUCUCUGGUCCUAAAAGAGGGUCAGGCUUCUUCUGCGCCGGAGCAAGUUCUGGCUUCAGCCCCCGAUCCCUCCCUUUAUGCAGACAGACCCAUGACCUCUAGGCCGCCAACCGCAGCUGAUAACAGUGAACACGUGCUUCUGGACCCUAAUCAGAACGCUGUGGUGUAUUCAACACGUGUACAUGCACUGGGCCGUUACGUGUUCAUCCUGCAUUACCAUCAGCCCCUGCACGCAACUUACAAUGUCCAGGUCUACAUCAACGGAGGACGCAUAUGGCAGGGCCACGUCAACGCAUCCUUUUGUCCCCAUGGUUAUGGUUGCCGUAGUGUUGUUAUGUCUGAGAACCAGAUUAUCCUGGAUGUGACGGACCACGAGGUCAUCCUGACCCUGCGUGUUCCAGACAGGAAGACACUGUGGCUGGACUAUGUGCUAGUGGUGCCAGAGAGCACUUACAGCUCCAGCUUUUUGUUUGAGGAGCCUCUGGACAAAUCCUAUGACUUCAUCAGCAACUGUGGACAAAACAGCUUUUACAUCAACCCUUCCACAGCCACUGCAUUCUGCCGUAGCUCUGCCGUGUCUCUGUCUGCGUUCUUUAAUAAUGGCGCUGUGCCCUGCGGAUGUCACGAAGUGGGUGCGGAGAGCGACACCUGCGAGACCUUUGGUGGACAGUGCAAGUGCAAACCCAACGUGAUUGGCCGAGACUGUUCCCAGUGUGCCACGGGAUACUACGGCUUCCCCAACUGCAGACCAUGUAACUGCGGUACACGACUGUGCGAGCCUGUCACGGGUGAGUGCAUCUGUCCUCCACGAACCAUUCUGCCGGAAUGUGUCACCUGUGAACCCCAGACGUUUGGCUGCCAUCCUCUGGUGGGGUGUGAGGUGUGCAACUGCUCCAGGCCUGGAGUGACUUCACUGGACAUCAGCUGUGACGCACAAAACGGCCAGUGCAGGUGCAAGAACAACAUUGUUGGCCGUCAGUGUGACAGAUGUAGCCCAGGUUUCUAUGGAUACCCCAACUGCAGACCAUGUGACUGCAACGAGGCAGGAACUGAGAUAGAUGUGUGUGACUCCUUCACCGGACGCUGUUUAUGCAAGGAAAAUGUGGAAGGCGCUCGCUGUGACCAAUGCAAACUGGGAACGUUUCAUUUGGACCCCACUAACGCUAAAGGCUGCACCAAGUGCUUCUGCUUUGGAGCCACUGACCGCUGCCGCAGCUCUGACAAGCGGAGGAGUGAGAUCAUGGACAUGGCUGGCUGGGUACUAUUGAGGAGUGACAGACAGGAAGUGCCUGUGUCCUCGCAUCUCGAGCAAGAUCUGGUGGAGGCGGAUCUGAGUGAUGUACCUGACGUCUCUCAGGACCUGCACUGGCACGCUCCUCGCACUUACCUCGGCGAUAAAGUGUCGUCCUACGGAGGCUAUCUGCGCUACAGCUUGCACACCCAGACGAUGCGAGGUGAUGCUUUUCUGAUGGUUGAGACCUCACGGCCAGACAUUAUCCUCAAGGGGAAUCAGAUGACUCUUGUGUACAUGGAAAGAGAGUAUUCCUCUCCUGAAUACCCUCAUAAUGGGAUCGUCCACCUGGUGGAGGAGAGUUUCAGGCACGCUCAGACUGGGAACUCUGUGUCCCGUGAGGAGUUGAUGAUGGUGUUGGUGGCGCUGGAGUCCCUGCAGAUCAGAGCGCUGCACUCUCAGUCGGCCCAGUCCGUGUCGCUGCGCGCUGCUGUGCUGGAGGCGGCAGAGAACCUGCCCUCUGGUCGACAUGCCAACAACGUUGAAAUUUGUCUGUGCCCAGGACACUAUCUAGGAGACUCCUGUCAGCAAUGUGCUCCAGGCUACUACAGAGACACUAAAGGGCUGUUCCUCGGGAAGUGUGUCCCCUGCAACUGUAACGGUCACUCUGAUCAGUGUCUGGAUGGCUCUGGGAUAUGUGUGAACUGCGGCCACAAUACUGCUGGAAACCAUUGUGAGAAGUGUCAGGGCGGUUUUCACGGUAACAACACAGUUGAUGGCCAUGCCGUGUCCUGCUCCAGCUGCCCCUGCCCGCUGCAAGUGGCUUCAAACAAUUUUGCCAUCCGCUGUGUGGAGAAGCCCAAGCAUAUGCAGUGUCUGUGUAUGCCUGGCUAUGCUGGAUCCAAGUGUGAAAGGUGUGCACCUGGUUACUAUGGAAACCCAAUGGUGAUUGGCAGCACAUGCCAGCCGUGCAACUGCAAUGGAAACUCAGACCCCAACAUGUUGUUCAGCGACUGCCACCCUUUGACAGGCGUGUGUCAGAGCUGCAUGCACAACUCCGCCGGGCCGCACUGCGAAAUCUGCGCCCCUGGUUUCUACGGUGAUGCCAUCACAGCCAAGAACUGCACCCGAUGCAACUGUUCUCCUUGUGGCACUGCACAUUGUGACCCUCACACCGGGCAGUGCCACUGUAAGCCUGGCGUGCUGGGAUCCCACUGUGACAGAUGUGAGGAUGGGGCAUUUGGCUUUGACUCCUGCACUGGCUGCCGUAAGUGUGAUUGUGACGCAGCGGCGGCGUUGGUUCAGCCAUGUGACCCUGCUAAUGGCUCGUGUGCCUGUCAGCCUGGGGUCAAUGGGCCGAACUGCCGCCAGUGUGCUCCAGGUUACUGGGACUACAGCCCCAAUGGCUGCAAGAAGUGUGAGUGUAGGGGAGGUCGCUGUGACCCUCGCACAGGAGAGUGCCGCUGCACCACAGGUCUGACAGGGAAGCAGUGUGACACAUGUCUCAAUCAACACAGUGUUGUAGUGCAACAUGGAGUAGAUGUGCACUGUCAGCCCUGUGACAGCUGUGUGAUGGUUCUGCUGGAGGAUCUGGACAAGAUAAACCAGCUUUAUCAGUCCGUCGCCAAUCAGCUGACCAACCUCAAUGCCAGCUCAAUGGCCUGGACUCAACUAAACCGCCUCAGUGAAUCUAUGGAGGACAUUGCCAAUGCCAUAAGAAACUACAACAGCACUCUGGAUGAGAGCAGGAAACGGGCCGAUUUGCUGGAGGGGGAGCUGCAAAUCAUUGAUUCGGAUAUUAAAGAGUUAGAUGAGAAGGCAUCGGUCACGCAAAAGAAAGGAGAUGCUUUAGAGGACAACACUAACUCCACACACACUAGAGCACAAGACCUGCUUGGAUUCAUCAAAGGCAUCAUGAGAGAUGUGCAAGACAUUAUACUGCAAGUCAACCAGACUGCACGGAAUGAGACCAAGGCGAUCGAUGAGAAGGAUUUCGCUGGAAAGAUAGCAGAGGUGCUGUCUAUGCUCAGAGACAUGCGCUUCAGGAGCUUUGACUUCCAGAUGAGACAAGCAGGAAAUGAGCUGGAGCAAGCCAACAAGUUGGUAGAUCGUGUGAAAAAUGAGUUUGCAAAACGGACGUUACAUAAUGAAGCUGUGGCAGAGAACAUCAAAAACAAACUGAACCAGUUCAACCAGCAGCUGAUGGACCUGAGAGAUGCCCUGAAUCAGGCCGUCAACAACACCGCACACACCGUAGAAGCCAACAACAUUAACCAGAAAAGCUUGGAGGAGCUCCAGAAAAUACUAAAUAACCUUCGUGAGAAGCAGAAGGAGGUGGAGAACCUGAAGCAGAUGGCCGAGGAUGAUGUGACCCAGGUCAACGAUCUGCUCUCCAUGCUCCAGGACUCCAAAGAGGAUUAUGAGCGUCUGGCCGCUCAGUUGGACGGAGCGAGACAGCCCUUAGCUGAGAAGGUGCAGAAGUACGCUCCAGCCGCCCAAAAAAUUCCCCUGGUGGAGGCUGCAGAGGAACACGCUGAAAUGCUGGACCAGCUCGCCAAGAAUAUCUCCAGUCUGAUAUCCGGCUCCAAUCAAGGCGGUUUCAUACAGCGUGCUCUGAACGCAUCUCGCGCGUACACUAACAUUAUAAACACUAUACUGGAAUCUGAGACUGCUACUAAGAAAGCCAAUGAAGCUUCUACUGAGGCUCUGGAGAACAUAAAGGACAAAGACCUGCCUCUACAAGCUGCUGCACUGAAGAAUAAGAGUAUUGAGCUUGUGAAGGCAGCAGAGGAACUGAAUAACAGCAGUCAAAGUUUAAAGCCACGUGUGGACUCCAUACAGAAAGGUUUGCAAGAUGCUGAAAAGAAGAAAGAGAAGAUGCUGCAAGACCUCAAGAACAUUCAGGAUAAUCUUAACGUCAGCAGAGAAGACAUAGCGAACGACAUCACAGCGGCUAAGAGUGCAGUCGAGCAGGCUAACAACACGGUGGCUAAUGUUAGCGAUGCGCUGGCUCCGAUUCAGAAGCAGCUGGAGGAAUGGCAGAAGCAGUACGGAGACUCCAAUGCCACCAGCGACGAUAUCAACAAAGCCCUCAGUGACGCCAAUAAGUCAGUGGUGGCACUGAGCGACACUCUUCCUCAGCUGAUAAAGAAGCUGGAUCGUCUGCAGAACACCUCAUUUCAGCCGUCCAACAUCUCCGACAGCAUCCAGAGGAUCCGUCAGCUCAUUGAGAAGGCUCGCAACGCCGCCAACAAGGUGACCGUGUCAAUGCAGUUUAAUGGGAAGUCAGGAGUACAAGUGAGGAGGCCCAGUAACGUGGCCGACCUGGCAGCUUAUUCAUCACUGCAAAUGUACAUCAAGCUACCACGUGCCGCUCGUAGACGACGGCAAACCCAAACCACCAAACCCCAGUUCGUCUUCUACCUUGGAAACAAAGACUCAAGUAAGGACUAUAUGGCAAUGAUGCUGGAAGGAACAAAGCUGCGCUGGUACUUUAAUGUGGGAGGAGAUACAGCACAGGUGCUGAUGACUGAGGGCGUGAAUAGUGAAUACUUCAACAAACUCGUCCUGGAGAGGACUUUACAGUAUGGUCAGAUGGCAAUGUCUACAGAUUCAGAAGGCACAAAUACAGUUAAACAAAUCACGGAGGCAGGAGGAGAGAAUGGCCUGCUCAACCUGCCAGCUGAGGAGACCGUGUUUUAUGUCGGAGGUUAUCCCAGGACUUUCAGUCCUCCUGUGGAUCUGAACAUAACAUCUUCAAACUUCUUCAAGGGCUGCCUGGAGUUGCUAAGUCUAAACGAAGAACUAAUUAGCCUCUACAACUUUGAGGAAACCUUCCAAAUGAACACCAACACCGACCUCCCUUGUUCACGGAAGAGGCCAUCCAAUACGCCCGAAUGGACAGUUGAUGGAGUGUAUUUUGAUGGAUCAGGCUAUGUUGAGGUUUUGUUCGAAACUAUGAAGGACGACCGUGUGUUUGAGCAGAAUGUCAAACUCAUCUCGCAAAACGGCAUUCUGCUGUCGUUCCAAAGAGACAAUAAGUAUGUGACUGUGGCUGUGCAUGGUGGCCUUCUGAAAGUCUUCUAUAACGUUGAGGGGACGUUGUCCGAGCUUACCGACUCACAACAGUCAAAAAUCAAAAUCGGCAAUGCUCAGGCCAAAUUUUUGGAUGUUAUCUUUCAACUUUCCAAAGGUGAAAUGCUAGUGAGGUUAGAUCGUCAGAAGGUCUACUCGCUUUCCAGUAAAGAGCUCAACUUUACAGGAAGAUACUUCCUGGGUGGAGUGCCAGAGGACCAGAUGCCUGAAAGUUUAAAGAGCGUGUUUCAUAAGCGUGGCUCCAUAAAGGGCUGCCUUAGGACCAUAAAGGCCUUGAGAAGCUUUGUUCAAAUUAAGACCAUGAAGAGUGUGGGGAUCAGCUAUGGCUGUCCAGAAGACCUGCUGUUUACUCGUGAGGCUCACUUCACUGGUGAUGGUUACCUAGGCUUAAAGAUGGAGAAUGUACUGGAUCUUCCAGAAAACUUGUAUGCUGGCAUCGGCUUCAGAACAGAUCAGCAAAAUGGACUCAUGUUUUACCAUCAAGGCGGGAGUGAUGUGUGUCAGGUGGUCUUAAACAGCGGCCAUGUAGUAGUAAGUGCUGGCAACGAAGGAGUCAAGUCUCAGAAGACAUACAACGACGACAACAGUCACUAUGUUGCAUUUUACCGCAACGCAAAUGGGUUGCGCAUUUAUAUAGAUGAUGUCCUUGAGAGUGGAGGAGAAGCUGUCAGUGCGGGCACCAGCAGGGCGGCGCUGCUGCCUGACAUUACCUAUGUGGGCGGCACACCCGUGUCAAACGGCCUCACCAACCUCACUGGCUGCCUCAGCAACUUCUUCUUGAAGAGAACUGAUGAAACCAAGGUCGUAGAUCUGAAAUUAGCUCAAGAGGGACACAAAUACACCUUUGUUUGCCCCGCCGCUUCAGUCCCACUGGAGAUCCUGGAUUCACCACGACGAAAGAAUCCAAAGAACAAGCCUCAAGGAAGUUCGAGAACUCGAUUGCUGCUCAAGUCCUGCCAGGGAGAGAUGUCCGUGCAGGAGGUCGACGCCCACCAUUUCAGUGGCUCCUCCCACAGCCACCUGAGAUUUGAUUCACUGCCUCAGGCGUUUAGCAAGGCGCCACACAUCUCUCUGGGUGUGCGCAUGAACUCUUCGAGUGGACUGGUUUUCCACGCAGGAGAGAAGGGCCAGAGAACCAUGACGCUCUCUGUGUCUGAUGGCCAUCUGACGCUGAAGGUCAAUGGCGGGCGGAGGAAGACUACAAUGCGCAGCACAAAUAAAUACAACGACGGCCUGUGGCACACGGUGAUUGUGAAAGUGGAGGGUGACAGGGCCUAUCUGAUAGCGGACGGCAUCGACACCCAGAACAAGAAGGUGACGGGUGGAGGGAGGAGUCAGUUUGGUGCUCCUUUCUACAUCGGUGGACUUCCCUCAGACCACAGCGCAGCUGAGGCUGGUUUCGUUGGAUGUGUUCAGGAUCUGAAACUGAACGAGCUGCCGCCACAGAGCCCGCCUCACAGUGUGGGAGUGACACCCUGCUACCAGCAGCCCCUCCAGCCCGGGGUCCACUUCUCCAGUCAGGGCGGAUAUCUGACCAUUGAUGAAUCGCUGGUGUUGGGUCGGGACCUCGAGAUCCAGCUGGAGGUCCGUGUGCUUUCAGACUCCGGGCUCCUGCUGCACGCUGGAGCCAAGAAAACUCAACAGCUGAGUCUCUAUCUGAACCAGGGCCAGGUGACUGUGUUGGUGAACAGUGGCAGUGGAGAGUUUUCAGUCAGUCUCACACCAGAGGAGUCUCUCUGUGACGGAGGUUGGCACACUGUUACAAUUGUGAAGAAGAGCAAUGUCAUCCAGCUACACGUGGAUUCGGCGAGUGAGCAUGGAGUGGGUCCCAAACAGAGAGGAUCAAACGGGGGCAAAGAGUCCGUUUAUCUGGGCAGCAAACCGGAUACCAUAGCUGUACCAGGUCUCCCAUCCGCCGUCCUCCCUUUCCAUGGGUGCGUGAGGAAAGCCGUACUGAACCACAGGACUGUCAUGCUGUCAAAACCCUCAUCUGUGUCUGGAUCUGUGGGGACUCAGGGCUGCCCUGCCUUAUAGACCACACCUGCAUUAACCCCUAAAUACUCCGCGUACACUGACACUAUCAAAUCAACAGGUGGUGGGUUUGCUUAGCCUUUAAUUUAAACCGAUAUUUAUGGUUACUUUCAUGACACCCAUGUAUGUAGUUAAAUGAAAAGCACUGUAAGUGGCAAGACACCACUGAUCAAUGACAGGACCAGAGGAAAGGCACUGGAUUUAUUUUGUUUCAGCUUUAAUUAGUACAUGUCACUGAUACAAUCCUGACCAAACACCAUUAAAUGGGUUUUAUGGGAAUAUUUAGAUGUUUAAAAACACUGUGAGGGAGGGCGAUUUACUGUGGCUGUUCCUAAGCAGACUCGUGUGCCAUUGGGAUUCAUUGUAUAUUAUCAUCUAAAACCACUGGAGUUGAAAACUCAAGAAAUAUUGUCACUUUUGAUAUUUUUUGUCAUAUUCCCUAAAAGAACUAUUUUUAUUGGCAAUAAAGAUUUCCUUUACGUU